AACGCUACUGUGUCCAAAGCUUUUCAUCCAGCUUGAUUCUGCAAAAUGGAGGUGGUUCAGCGCCACUCUGUACACACACUUGUUUUCCGCUCUCUCAAAAGAACACAUGAUAUGUUUGAAGCUGAUCAAAGUCGUCUUCCGGAAGUUGAUGAGAAAAGGUAAAUAACUAAUAUUGUUUACUAUUCUGCUUAGUAAUUCAUUAAAAGUCGCCAUCAAAGCAAAAGAUCAGUAUGGACCUGUACUUAAGGAGCCUGGUCACAAUCCACUAAGGCCUAAAGAAAGUAAGUGAAUUUCUGUCCUAUCUAUUUUAGAUGUCUCUGACACGUCACAAUCGGGGGCUAUUGUCUUAUCUGAAAAGGUCAAACCAAAGUUAGUCUAAAGUUUAUGCGAUAAAUAUUUUUGAAGGUCUUCACUUGAACAAAACGCUUCUAUAGUUCAAAUAGGUAAUGAAAAAUUACUACUUCCAAAGAAAGCUCCGACUAUGCCCAAGCCCACAUGGCAUCCACCAUGGAAACUAUGUCGAGUUGUUAGCGGUCACACAGGAUGGGUGCGCUGUGUGGCUUUUGAUCCUACUAAUGAUUUCUUUGUUACUGGCGCGGCAGAUCGGAUGAUCAAGGUUUGGGACUUUGCUAGUGGGACAUUAAAACUGACACUGACAGGUCACAUAAGUACUGUUAGAGGUGUCGUUGUCAGUGCUCGUCAUCCUUACUUAUUUUCAUGUGGAGAAGACAAAACAGUUCGUUGUUGGGAUUUGGAGCAAAAUAAGGUUAUUCGUCAUUACCAUGGUCAUAUGUCUGCUGUUUACGAUAUUGAUAUCCAUCCAACAAUCGAUGUAGUCCUUACUUGUGGUCGGGAUGCAACUGCACGAGUAUGGGACAUGCGAACCAAAGUCAAUGUUCAUACUCUAACAGGACAUUCGAACACAGUAGCGACAGUACGUUGUCAAGAAUCUGAUCCUCAAGUGAUUACUGGAUCACAUGAUGCAACUGUCCGCCUUUGGGACUUGGCAGCAGGACGUACCAUAGCCUGUUUGACAAAUCACAAAAAAUCUGUCCGAGCUAUAUGUAUCCAUCCAACUCAGAAUGCAUUUGUUUCUGGAUCACCGGAUAAUAUAAAACAAUGGAAACUCCCCAAUGGUGUCUUUCUUCAGAAUCUAUCUGGACAUAAUGCUAUAAUUAAUGCCAUCACUGUUAACCAAGAUAAUGUGGUCGUCAGUGGAGGCGAUAAUGGCAGUGUUCACUUUUGGGAUUGGAAAUCUGGGUAUAACUUUCAGCGUCUUCAAGCUCAAGUUCAGCCUGGCAGUAUUGAUUCUGAAGCUGGGAUAUUUGCUUUAGCAUUUGAUCGUAGUGGAUCUCGCUUGGUGUCCUGUGAAGCAGACAAAUCAAUAAAGAUCUUCAAAGAAGAUGAAUCAGCGACGGAAGAAACACACCCACUGUACUGGCGCCCGGGCUUGCUCAAAAAAUCGAAAUACUAAUUUACCUAAUCCACUUAACAUCUCAACAACAAUAUGUAUAGUAUGUUCCUAUUAAAGAAUUUAUCUUACU